AUGCGGUGGAGUUUAUUAGCACUAGCGUGUGUGGUCGCAGCGGUUUGCGCUGACGACAAGAAGGAGAAAGAUAAGGACAUUGGCACCGUGAUUGGUAUCGACUUGGGUACCACGUAUUCAUGCGUGGGUGUGUACAAAAACGGCCGAGUGGAGAUCAUCGCUAACGAUCAGGGUAACCGCAUCACGCCUUCUUAUGUAGCGUUCACGAGCGACGGCGAGCGUCUUAUUGGUGACGCCGCCAAGAAUCAGCUCACAACCAACCCUGAGAACACCGUAUUCGACGCCAAGCGUCUAAUCGGUCGCGAAUGGACGGACUCUACUGUGCAACACGACGUCAAGUUCUUCCCCUUCAAGGUGGUCGAGAAGAACAGCAAGCCCCACGUGUCCGUCAAGACCGCGCAAGGCGACAAGAUCUUCGCACCCGAAGAGAUCUCCGCUAUGGUGCUUACGAAGAUGAAGGAAACCGCUGAAGCCUACCUCGGAAAGAAGGUCACCCACGCCGUCGUAACGGUCCCGGCCUACUUCAACGACGCCCAGCGUCAGGCCACCAAGGACGCCGGCGUCAUCGCCGGGCUCAACGUCAUGCGGAUCAUCAACGAGCCAACCGCCGCUGCUAUCGCGUACGGUCUCGACAAGAAAGAGGGAGAGAAGAACGUUCUUGUAUUCGACUUGGGCGGUGGUACCUUCGACGUGUCCCUGCUUACCAUCGACAAUGGCGUCUUCGAGGUAGUGGCGACCAACGGUGACACCCAUCUUGGUGGUGAGGACUUCGAUCAGAGAGUUAUGGAGCACUUCAUCAAACUGUACAAGAAGAAGAAGGGUAAGGACAUCAGGAAAGACAACCGCGCCGUGCAGAAACUACGUCGUGAGGUAGAAAAGGCGAAGAGAGCUUUGUCAUCCAGCCACCAAGUUAAAAUCGAAAUUGAGUCGUUCUUCGAAGGUGAUGACUUCUCCGAAACCCUUACCAGGGCCAAGUUCGAAGAGUUGAACAUGGACCUCUUCAGAUCUACCCUGAAACCAGUACAGAAGGUACUGGAGGACGCCGACAUGAACAAGAAGGAUGUCGAUGAAAUCGUACUAGUCGGAGGUUCCACUCGUAUCCCUAAAGUACAGCAGCUGGUCAAGGAGUUCUUCAAUGGCAAAGAGCCGUCUCGUGGUAUCAACCCUGACGAAGCUGUCGCUUACGGUGCCGCCGUACAGGCCGGUGUGCUCAGCGGUGAACAAGACACUGAUGCGAUCGUGCUUCUCGACGUCAACCCUCUGACCAUGGGUAUCGAGACCGUCGGUGGUGUCAUGACCAAACUGAUCCCACGUAACACAGUCAUCCCCACCAAGAAAUCGCAAAUCUUCUCCACUGCCAGCGACAACCAGCACACCGUAACCAUUCAAGUUUAUGAGGGAGAGCGUCCCAUGACCAAGGACAAUCACUUACUCGGCAAGUUCGAUCUUACUGGUAUCCCACCAGCGCCAAGGGGCAUUCCCCAGAUUGAGGUCACCUUUGAGAUCGACGCCAACGGCAUCCUGCAAGUGUCUGCCGAAGACAAGGGUACUGGCAACCGGGAGAAGAUCGUCAUCACCAACGACCAGAACAGACUGACGCCUGAGGACAUUGAGAGGAUGAUCAAGGAUGCAGAGAAAUUCGCUGAUGACGACAAGAAGCUAAAGGAGCGCGUCGAAUCCAGAAACGAACUGGAAAGCUACGCAUACUCUAUUAAGAACCAGCUCCAGGAUAAGGAGAAACUUGGCGCAAAGGUCAGCGACGACGACAAAACCAAGAUGGAGGAGGCCAUAGACGCCGCCAUCAAGUGGCUCGAGGACAACCAAGACACCGAUGCUGAAGAGUAUAAGAAACAGAAGAAGUCCCUCGAGGAGGUCGUUCAGCCGAUCAUCGCGAAACUGUACCAAGGGCAGGGCGGAGUCCCGCCUCCAGGCGCUGGCGGCGACGACGACGAGUUCAAGGACGAGUUG